CUUAGAUAAUUAGUAAUGGAAAUCACAGCAGCGAAGAGAAUUCAAAGUUGCGCGAAAUAUAUCAACCUUUGUUUUUUUUCUUCACAGUUUUUAAGCUUUCAAAACUUGGCUCUGUUAAUUCGGUGGCUCUUGUGCUAUUUAAGUGAUGUGGGCACUAGAACGCGCACAUGUGAGGACGAGCAGCCGAAAAUCGAACGCGCGGCAGACGGCGAGCGAGCGAGGCCGAAGGUAACCUGCGGCUGGAGGCUCCGUUCGGGUCCCACGGGUUUUUCUGUUUUUUCUGACUUGUCAAGGAUUUCCAAAGGAAAGGGGAUGUUCAGUUUGGUCUGCCGAGGAACACACAGGAGUGCCAGAAACAUUGCUCAGUCCUCCCUUUCCUGUUGUGCUGCUAGUGCUGUGGGAUCUUUCCAUCUUUCACCACCAGUUAUUGAGAGGAAACGGCCUCCUCUUACCACCGCAAUGUCAACUGCUCCACCACCCAUUGCUUCCAAGACCAAUGGCAUUGAGAAAAGUGUUUGGGUUGAGUUCAUCCAACUGGCACUGGAGGUGAAACCCCUCAAUUUAGGCCAAGGCUUCCCUGACUUUGCAGCUCCAGACACUGUCCGAAAGGCUCUUGCCCAGGCCUGUACAGAUGAGAAGAAUGUCCUGCUUAAUCAGUACACACGUGGUUUUGGUCACCCAAGGUUGAUUGCAGCCUUAUCCAAACUCUACUCCAAGCUGAUUGGUAGGGAGCUUAACCCACUGAGUGAAGUGCUUGUCACUGCUGGGGCAUAUGAGGCCCUCUUUGUUACCAUUAUGGGUCUAGUGAAUCAAGGUGAUGAGGUCAUCAUCAUUGAGCCAUUCUUUGACUGCUACGUUCCGCAGGUGAAGCUAGCAGGUGGCACGCCAGUUUUUGUACCUCUCCGUCCAAAGAAGCCAAGUGGGACUAUGUCCUCUGCAGAUUGGGUGCUGGACCCUGUAGAGCUAGAAGCAGCCUUCAGUGAGAAGACUAAAGCAAUUAUUGUCAAUACUCCAAAUAAUCCUCUAGGAAAGGUAAAACCCUGGGUCAAUUUUCACCUCAGUGAAACAGAAAUAUUCCAGAAAGUCAAUCACUCCUUUCAACCACUAAACCAGCACUCAGUAUUUAACGCCUUCUUCAAUUGGUCACGGCUUCACCUACAUCGACCUCAAGCAUUACACACACAAUUAGAACGCAAUACUCCAAGACAUAGGGAAUUCCACACACAAUAUGCCACAAUAGCACCACACACCCCACUGGAAUCUUAUGUUUUAGAGUUGAUAUGGAUGGGGCCUUAUAUCAUGGCAAAAUUAGCAAUGGAGACCUCACAGACAAUUAGUAGUGUCAUAAUUGCUCUUUACUCUGAGGGAUUAUCAAGACAUUGCCAGAAGGGGUGCUCUAGAUGCACAACAGAGGAAGAAUAUCAAUUUACUUUGCAUCAUGUAGCAGUAUGCAGACUGUCAGAAACUGCCAGACUGUUUGGGUGGGUGCACAGCAGCAGGGUCAGGGAAUUGAUGGAUAUUGGGACCAGCAGAAUUACAGGGUAUCCCUAUGGAAAUCCUGGACGAGGUGUUUCUACCACCGAUUAUGCUGUACCACAUCCACCCAAUUUGCCAGAUCUCAAUCCCACUGAGAAUGCUUGGGCAGUCAUGGGCAGAACCUCCCCCAAGAUCAUAUCCACAACUGUCACAUCAUCAUUAACCGGGCAAUUAUGGCAUAAGAGCAAUUGCGCUCUGCAGAUGGAUGCCAGCCUCUCCAGUCCAGCACCCAAAUCAGGCAGACCUCCGAGUACCCCGCAGACAUCCUCCCUGACCGAGAUGGGAGCACAAGCUGGUACCAGCUGGAACAGCUGCUGCUCCUAUGAUUGCAGCCCAGAAUUUAAGCCGAAGGGGCAGUCCGAAAUGACCCAGCAGGAAACGAAGGAGCUGAAUGAUGGAAGGAAAGUGUGUCUCCCGCCACUGAAUCCUAAUGAUGGGAGAGUCAAGAUGGUGCUAUUUGGCUUCUCACUUUCAUAUGAUGUAGAUCUGAUCACAUCGUACCCACAGGGACACAAGAGCCAAAUGUCCCGACGGACAAGAGCCAAGAUGCCAAGAGGCAUCUCACCAGGGGCCUGGCUUGCUCUGCUAGGAAAGAAGCGGCCUCAGGCGACAAGAGCCUCUUCCCUCUCAGCUACAUUGCCUGGCAUGUGGGAGCGCACCAUAACCAUUGGCUCAGCAGGGAAGACCUUUUCUGUAACAGGAUGGAAGACAGGAUGGGCAUAUGGGCCUUCAGUACUCAUGAAAGGGCCACAGGUGAUCCACCAGCAUUCUGUGUACACAUGCACAACACCUGUCCAGGAGGCAGUUGCACAAGGCUUUGAAAUUGAGAUGGAACGGUUUGGGACUCCUGAGUGUUACUUCAAGUCUCUACCAGCUGAGUUAGAGGUAAAACGGGAUAAUAUUGUGAAGAUUCUGGAGGAUGCUGGACUUUAUCCUAUCAUUCCUGAGGGAGGAUACUUCAUCUUGGCAGAUGUGACACCAAUCACAAGCAAGAUUGAUAUAGGAGGUGAUCCCAAUGAGCGAAAGGACUUUCGGUUUGUAAAAUGGCUGUCACGUAAUCGCAAGCUGCAGGGAAUCCCACCAUCUGCCUUCUAUUCUCCAGACCACGGUCAGAUUGGAGAGAAUUACAUCCGCUUCUGUUUCAUCAAGGAGGAUGAAAACCUUGAGAAAGCUGGAGAGAUUCUUCGUGCACUCAAAAAAGAUAUUGAUGAUGGAAAUGUCUGAGCUUGGGUUCUCCUUGAACUGCCCUUCCUUUUUUGAUUCGUCAUUGCUCAUAGCCACACUAAAGGAAAAUGUAGCAUGGCAACGAAAAUUCAUGAUUUCAUAAAGGAGAACUAAGUUUUGUGUUGGUGUAAACUUUGAAUUAAAACCACUUCAUUUUAACCCAAGUCCCGGGUGAGAUGCUGCGUUCACUGUAGGAUUGUUUUGUGAAAUGGUACUGCAAGUGUUUAGUCACAAAGGAAUCAAUUAGUAGGCCUUGCAACCUCACCUGAUUUCUCCUUUCCUUGAGUUUGCAGAAAAAAAGAUAUUUUUUUACAAAUGCUUUCAAUAUUGAUGCUGUAAUUCUUAUUAUAGACAUUAUGAUUAUUUUGCUGUUAUUGAUAUUACUAACAGGAACUAUUUUCCAAAAUCAAGGAAAAGGGUAAACAGGUGGUACUCAUAAUUGUCUCAUUGAUGAUUUAGGACUUGUGGGGCCACCUAUGAGUAAAAACAUGGAAGGAACGUAGAUGGCAUGUACGCUCCAUCCUCAGCAGUGUCAGGUUAAGGAUCAAUUGUUUGCAAGAAAACAAGUUAUUUUUAAGUGUUAAAUAUCUUUUCAGAGAUGGCUAAGAGCAGAACUCAAAUAUGAAUUUAAGAGUAUUUUACACCUGAAUACAAAGAAGGGCAUUCUUCUAUAUAUAUAUAUUAUGUAACCAAACCAGUGUAAACAAAUGCAACAAUAAAAAAUAUAUAUAUGUA